AUGUGGAAACUAAUAACGUUAUCUGUGCUGUUGGUGCUGCCGAUUGUGAGACCUGAUCUCACAAUCCCAAUAACCAUUCCUGGAAUAUCUAGUGGAAGUUUGGAUAUUAACGGUAACGUUGUACUAAAUGUGAACCGCAUCCAAGAUAUCUUGAAUCAGUUUCAAUCGAUCGUCCAAAGUUUGUACAACAUUCAGUCUCCAGAGCUCGGUAGUGCUGCAGAAAAUUUUCGUUACGUGAUGGAUAGCUUGGUCGAAGCUGGAGCUCCUAUCUUCCAGUCGUUGUCAAACGUCGCUAAGAUAUCAUCCGGAAACAUAACACGAGAUUUUGGAGGAAUUCGGGAAAGCAUCAACUAUGCCGUUGGGUUGAAUCAAGAUCACAUGAGCUUAGUCAACAAGACGAGACAAAUUGUGGGAGUCAACACCUCCCUCUACUUUAAUGGAGUACUAAAUAGCUUGGCCUCCAAUUUAGGAAAUAUGUCGGAAAUAUUAACCAAAAUUGAAAGUGCAAUCAAUGGAAUUAAAGGACAGAAUCGGCCUUCUCAAGCAGCAAUCAGAGCCCUUUUACCGAAUGACAACAUCAAAGCAUUGAACGCAGUUCUGCGGCAAUAUAUUUUGACUGGGGAUGCUGCAAUCCCACAAAUACGAUCUAUCGUGAGCAGAGUUCAGUCGGUAGAUAAUUUCCUAAAUCGAAUUUCUAUUUCAAUCUAUCAACAACGCAAAUAUCUGAACAACACUUUGGCUCGUAUAGUUCCUUAUUUACAGUCGAAUGUGAUCAGUCGUUUUCGAAAUAGUCUAACGAGUCUACAGUCGCAGGUGGUCAGUAGAAGCUCUAGGGCGGUAAAGGCUCUUUCCAAUUUGAUUCCUAGCCAACCGAAUGGUUUAGGAGCAACUGCAAACCAAACUAUUCGUGUUAUCCAGGAGCUAGCUCGGAACGUAUCCAACGAUGCAAACAUUCUGCUGCAGCAAGUAUCGCGACUAUCAAUUAAUGAAUCUUUGCCUAAUGCGGUGUUAAAUGAAAUUGAAAAACUCUUGAACGAGGCAAGUCGAAAUUUGACGGUAUCGAUGACGCAACGAGUUCGUUUUGUGGAUGUGUGCUUUGCCCGAUUCAAUAGUGACUUCGACCAAAUACCUCGCAGUGCAUAUAUUCAGUUGUCGACUUGUGUUUGGGACACUGCCUCGGAUCUUUCCAAUGUAGCAAUUUAUAUGAAUCAUUUGAUUCUAACAGCCCUGGUCGAUUUGAACAACGAAUUGCAGGCAGUGGAACGCUGCACCGGAAUGGUUUCGGGGCACCCCUCUGAAAUGACCAAAUAUCAGGCUGACAUUUGUUUGAAUGACGCACUAUCUUACCUUCAGAAGCGAGAAGUUUACGCCAACCACAUGGCUAGUUAUCGUUCAAUACUUGGAAAUGAAAUUUCGUACAGUGCCCAGCGUUAUAGCUUCUGUAUGGGGACGACGUUGAGGCAGGUCAUAAGUCGGGCUGCUUAUUUGAAGGGGUCGGUGGAUAAAUGUUUGAGUGCAGGACCUACCGUAACACCUUAUUGGUGGUCUGGAUCAGUAAUGGAAGUCAAGGCAAAGGAGGAGGACAAACGGGAGGAAAAGGAGGAGGACAAGCGGGAGGAAAAGGAGGAGGACAAACGGGAUCAAAAGGAGCAAAUGGUGGUAGAGGAGCAAGUGGAGGCAAAGGAGCAAGUGGAGGAAGUGGCGGUAGAGGAGCAAGUGGAGGAAAAGGAGGUACUGGAGGAGGACGAGGAGCAGGAAGAGGAGGUACUGGAGGAGGACGAGGAGGAGGACGAGGAGGAGGAAGAGGUGGAAGCGGAGGACGAGGCGGAGGGGGAGGAAGAGGUGGAAGCGGAGGACGAGGCAGCGGAGGGGGAAGAAAAGAUUUUCGACAACGCCAUUUGGACUAAAAAACGCAAAUAA